UGAAUAUUAUUGUUAGUUGGGAUGUAAGUUCAAUUCGCUUUGCCCCUUGGCUGUAACCCCAAAUUUUUUCCUUUGUUGGGGGCUGGUUGAUCCUGCACGUCUUGUUGGUUCAAUUGUUGGUCAAGUCACAAUGCCAAACCAACGACCCAUUGGUGAAAGUUGAUGGCUGGGUUGAAAGCGGCUGCAGACGAGGUCUGCCAGCAUCAGCCUUAUCAAAGACAAAUUCAGACGUGGACUAUAUACUGACAACAACUAGUGGCUUACAUUCUCGCCCGUCUCUGAUAAGGCUGCACUCUACUAUGGCGUGAGCGAAUCGUCCAUCAAUUGGCUCUCUACCGGUUUUCUUUUCGUCUUCGUGGCCAUCAGCCCCCUGACGAUAUGGAUGCUGCAUUUGGGUCCGAAGCCGUCCAUUAUCACUGCUGCUGCCCUUCUACUCAUUGGAAACUGGAUUCGUUAUGGUGGCUCACAUUCAGCGGAUGGUGGCAUCUUCGGUGUUGUCAUGUUCGGCCAAAUUCUGAUCGGCGCUGCUCAGUCUUUUGUGCUCAGCGCUCCAACCAGGUAUUCUGAUCUCUGGUUUACCUCACGAGGCCGUGUCGCUGCAACUGCGAUCAUGAGUCUGGCCAAUCCGUUUGGCGCGGCGUUGGGUCAACUUGUUGUCCCCUUCAUGGUUACCAAAAGGGAGGAGACCAGCAGCAUGGUGCUCUACGUCAGCAUCAUAGCAACUGUAAUUUGCAUUCCGUCCUUCUUUAUCCCGGCUGCUCCUCCGACACCUCCUGCGCCAUCUGGGGAGACGCCAAAAGAGCCUAUUUUGACAUCGUUGCGGAAAUUGAGCAAGAACGUUGAGUUCUGGCUCAUUUUCAUUCCUUAUGGCGUCUACGUUGGUUUCUUUAACUCUAUCUCCUCCCUUUUGAACCAGAUCAUGAUGCCGUAUGGCUUCACAUCUGAUGACGCCGGCAUCGCGGGUGCUGUGCUUAUCGUUGUUGGUCUUGUGGCAGCUGCCAUCUCCUCGCCCAUCCUAGAUCGUACGAAGAAGUUCCUGCUUGCUAUCAAGCUCGCAGUCCCCAUCAUCGGGAUUUGCUACCUCGUCUUCAUCUGGAUGCCAGCCACGCGCGAUUUAGCUGGCCCUUAUGUGGUCCUCGGUCUCCUGGGAGCAUCAAGCUUCUGCCUCGUGCCUGUCGCGCUAGAAUACCUCAUUGAGAUGUCCCACCCGUGCUCUCCCGAGGUCACAAGCACAUUGGGUUGGUCUCUGGGGCAGUUGCUUGGCGCUUGCUUUAUCCUUAUCUCUGAUGCCUUGAAGGCAGGAGAGGAUGCAAACCCUCCAAAUAAUAUGGAUAGGGCGCUUAUCUUCCAGGCUGUAGUGGCGCUGGCUGUCGUCCCGCUGCCCUUAUGCCUUGGCUUGUUUGGUCGCGGAGACAAGGUGAAACUAAGGAGGGUCGCGAGUGACGAUCGUGUUGGUCCGAUAGCAGUCGUUUGAGAAUAGUUGUCGGUCAUGAAUUCAACACCACUGAGCCCGGGUAUGGGAUAUCGAGAGAGUAUUUCUGAGUCGGCACUGUAGGGAUCGGCAUGGAUGUGCAAUAAUGUUUGUAACAUGGCGUACGAUUCGUAUUAGUACUCCAGCACCAGUUGUUCAUAUUAUUGGAACCUCUUCUUUCUAUAUAUUUGCUCUAGACCCACAAUUCAUCCAAUGUCAUGCGGGCUUCCCCUGCUGACCCAGUAUCAUUUCGCAU